CCCGCUGUCCUUCCCGUUUCUCAAACCUUCCCAGAGGGUAUGCUUGAGAGGAAAAGGGAUUGGAAAUGGUCAAAUCGACGCAAAUAGCAAGGCUAGAUGGCCUCAUGCUCGCGGCCUCGGUCGACGACGAGCAGGUCGAGACAGAGCUCGCCGAGGUCAAGUCACAGGCAAAGAUGAUAUUCCGACGGCUGAAUCGCAACUCGGAACAACAAGCAAGCAUAGAAUCGGGUCAAUAUACGUUACACUACAUCAUCAAAGACUCCGUCUGCUUCCUCUGCAUCUGCGACCGGUCCUACCCGCGGAAGCUCGCCUUCACCUACCUCUCCGACCUGGCGCAAGAGUUCACCACCAUCUACCCUUCCCAGCAAUACCUCUCCGCGACGCUGCGGCCCUACGCAUUCGUCGAGUUCGACACUUUUAUCCAGAGAACCAAAAAGACGUAUCAAGACAGCCGGGCCAGCGCGAACCUGGACAAGCUGAACGACGAGCUAAAGGACGUGACCAAGGUCAUGACGAAGAACAUUGAGGAUCUGCUAUAUCGGGGCGACAGUCUGGAGAGGAUGGGUGAGAUGUCCGGGCGACUGAGAGAAGACAGCAAGAAGUACAGGAAAGCAGCGGUGCGGAUCAAUUGGGAGUUGAUGUUGAAACAGUACGGGCCUUUUGCUGGUCUUGGCCUGAUCAUCCUUCUUUUCAUCAUCUGGAGGUUUUGGUGAUCAGGGCGUCCUGACCAACUUAGGGUGGUUUGCAUGAACACGAGCAUACGACAUCCCACUGGGACCAGCUCCCAGAAGACUAUUGUCGGCGCGAUCUUGGGGUGGCCUGUUCCACGGCAGCUAGCACGCCGACUUAGAUUUCAUCUUCUUCCUCGUCAAAAUCAUCCUCAACACCCAUAUCGUACAAGAUCCGCCCACCGUCGCCGGCACCGCCGCCCGCUUUCUGAGCUUCGAAAUACGGCAGCACCACCCCUUCCCGCUCGAGACGCUGUCGUUCUGUCAGUCCCAGUUCGAAGGUCAUGCCCGAGAGCUCCUCCACGGCUUCUUCAUCCGAUUUGCGGAACAAGGGGUGGUCAUCCAGUAGAGUGACAAUCUCCCGAAACGGCUGGCCUUCGCCCUUCUUCGCCGCGUUUCCAGACGUAGGCAAGAAGAACCACUCCCUGACUCCCCGGCCACUUCUCCUGCGAUGCUCCAAUUCCAACACAAGACCGCGCUCGUCCUGAUUCAAUUUCGUCAGAGGCUUCGGCUUGAGACCUAUAACCACGCCCUCAGUUUCUUCUGGGAGGCCAAACGAUGGCGCAGCGAGGGAUUUUGACUGCGCAGACUUUUCGGCGAGGAGGAUUGGGAGCGAAUGCACCGUUAUGACGGUGGUGGCGAGGUAUGACAGGAGUGAGAGUGGUGACGGCGAGUACGAUGUUGACAGCGCCGCCGAUGAGAGUGGCGAGGGAGGCGGAGAUGGUAAGGGGACGUCGGUGUGAUACACCGCGACUAAUGAGAUCUGCGGGCUCUCUCCUUGGUCCGCACCUUUCGUCUGAAGCGCCGGUGGCUGGAGUAGAGAGGAGAGCAAUGCGGUCAGGUUGAGAUUCGACGUCGGCUGGAUGGAGAGGGAUGCCAGUGUUGUCAGGGAGUCAAUCAUGAUCAAAAACCCUGCGCAUUCGCUCGAGGAUUAGUAUUGAACACCAUACAUCGUUCUCCAAGAAGCCUGGGGAAGUCCAGGAUAGAACAAUGACAAAGGAAGACGUACUUUUCCCUCC